AAUUCAUUAAUUACCGAGCAAAUUACAGUCUAUUUAGAAAAUGGCAAGCCAGCAAGCUCGUGAAAACAUUCCCCACACUGCAGGUGGCCAAGCUCAGAUGAAGAAGGAUGAAGCCAUGAACCAGGCGUCUCAAGCUUCCCAUGCAGCUCAAGAGAGCGCCAGUGCUUACACCACCCAAACCUCCAACUAUCUCCAGGAGAAAGGCGUGCAAGUGAAGAACAUGGCACAAGGAGCUGGAGAGCAAAUGAAGAGCAUGGCUCAAGGAGCAGCUGACGCAGUGAAGAACACUCUUGGAAUGAACGCAGGCAAUGAAAGUAACCCAAAUAAUCCAACAAACUCAAGUGCUGCAAAUAACCCAAGUGGCCUCAAUGCCGCCAGUAACCCAGCCAACCCAGGUGGCGCCACUGCCGCCAGCAACCCAUCUACUAGAAUUUGAAGGGGUGAUUCCAAGCUGGCUCAAGCUCAAACAAUAUGUUGACUUGAGUUUGAUUUUGGUUGGUGUUUGCAUAAACUUUUGUGAUACCUAGUGUCACUGAUUAUUUGCCAUCUCUAUUGUGAAGAUGGAGUACUUGAUUAUGAUUUUUGUAAUGUUGAUGAUUUGAUUAAUAGAAUUUAUCUAUUUAUUUAUCUUUA